AUGAGACUACUUUUAAUAGCUACUAUUUGGAUACCAUAUGUUAUUUCUUACUACGAAUGUAACCAACGAUCAGUCUCAUGUGGUUGUGGCUUUAAAAAAGUUGAGAUGAAUGCCCAUAUUGUUAGCGGUGAGAAUGCAGUUCCAUACAGUUGGCCAAUGAUUGUAUCAUUUAGAUAUGAUUGUCUUGGUAAUGGGGAUGUUGCGACUCACUGUUGUAGUGGUACUAUUCUAAGUGAUUCUUAUAUACUUACAGCUGCUCAUUGUGUUGAACGGAUACAUGCAUCUAUUCUCUUGGCAGGUAAUGUCACUAUUGCUACUGGUAUUUAUAGUCGAUCUGAACAAUUUCAAACAAUUAGCAAGGUUGACAAAAUUUUUAUUCAUCCUAAUUGGGCAAGACUUAUGAAUGGAUUCAGAGACGAUAUUGCUCUACUUCACUUAGCUGAGCCAUUUGAUUUUACCACGAAGUUAUCAAUUGGUCGAACAUGUUUGCCACCACAAUUGAAUUCCACAAAUGAUAUCAUGAAGUAUCCACCAUCGAAUAUUUCUUUAGUUAUGAUUGGAUUAGACUUUCAUGAAAAUUCGAAUUAUACAGCAUGUGAUGUAAUACAACAGACAAAUCUUUUAUCAAUUCAUCAUGAUCAUUCAAUAUGUGCCAAAUCAAUCAAUCAUAUUGAAACACAAUUCUGCGCAGGAGUAUACGAAGAUUACAAAGGCGAUUCUGGUGGUCCAAUCCUUCGUUGGAUUGGCGAUCGUUGGGAACAAGUUGGCAUUGUUUCCUAUGGUACGAAUAGUUGUGUAUCAGUUAAUUAUCAAAUUGUUUUUACACGAAUUGCUACUUCAACGAAUGGACCGAAAGAAACAACCACAGCAACCAUCAAUCGUCCAUCAAAUGUUUAUAUAUGUAAUAAAAAUAAUGUUUCAUGCGGAUGUGGUUUUACGAAUGUUGCAUUGACACCUUCGAGAAUUAUCAAUGGAGAAAAAGCAAUUCCAUAUAGUUGGUCAAUGAUUGUAUCACUUCGAUAUGAUUGUCUUAAGAAUGAUAAUUUGACAACUCAUUGCUGUGGUGGAAGUAUUCUAAACGAGCAUUAUAUCCUCACGGCUGCUCAUUGUGUUGAUAAAAUAAAUCAAUCGUCAAUAUUAUCACAAAAUAUAACUAUUGCUGCUGGAAUUCAUAAUCUAACUGAAGUUAAUCAAACGAUUCGACGUGUUGAUCGAAUUUUUAUUCAUUCUGAUUAUACAGGACCAGUACAUUGGUUUAAAAAUGAUAUUGCUAUACUUCAUCGGAGUGAACCUCUCGAUCUUGAUACAAAUCCACGUAUUACUCGAACUUGUCGUCCACCUCGAAUGAGCACUCAACAAGAUGCUAGGGAGUAUCGUUUAAACGGAUCCAUGUUGGCUGUUAUCGGUUGGGGCCUUCUAAAUAGACCAUUCAAUGUGAAACCUCAAGUCUUACAGCAAUUGCAUAUUUAUGCAGUUCAUCACAUACAUCCUACAUGUGCACAAUAUAUAAGUGAUGUCGAUGUACAAUUUUGUGCCGGAGUGUAUGAAGGCAGUAAAGGUGAUUCGGGUGGACCUGUCUUGCAAUGGCUAGGUGACCAUUGGGAACAAGUUGGAAUAGCCUCUUAUGUAGUGAGGGAUUGCGCAGCAGUUGGUCAUCCAAGCGUUUAUAUCAGACUUACUUCUUUUCACGAUUGGAUCGAAUGGAUCAUGAAUCCAGGCAAUUAUACAACAACUACUACAACAGUUGCCUACCAUCCACCAACCAUUUACACAUGUAAUAGGAAUGUAUCAUGUGGAUGUGGUGCGAUAAGCGUGGUUUUCAAUCUGUCAAGAAUAAUCGGUGGCGACACAGCAUUUCCAUACAGUUGGUCAAUGAUAGUAUCGAUUCGAUACAACUGUUAUUAUGAUGGAAAUUUUAAUGCUCAUUGCUGUGGUGGUACUAUUUUAAACGAAUAUUAUAUUCUUACGGCUGCACAUUGUGUUGAUGACUUCAAUCCAUCGUCAAUAUUGUCACAAAGUAUAACUAUUGCUGUUGGAAUUCAUAAUUUAACAACAAGUCAUCCAAUAAUUCGACGCGUGGAUCAAAUUUUCAUCCAUCCUGAAUAUGCAGGACAACCACAUUUGUUUAAAAAUGAUAUUGCUAUCCUUCAUUUAAAUGAACCACUUAAUAUUGACACACAUCCAUUUGUUAAAUGA